AUGAUCGCGCUCUCCGACUUUCGAGCGGAGACGGGCGCGACACGCGUGGUGCCUGGCAGCCACGCGUGGCCGGACUACGCGCUCCAGGCGGCGCCUGAGGACGUGACGCAGGCGGUGAUCCACGGCAGUGGCGCGAACACCACCCAGUGCGAGUGGAGGCAGGGUUUGCACCUCUCGUAUGUCGCUGGCGGGCUCGCGCCAGAGAUGAGAGGGCAGGGAGUCGUGUCAGCGGCCAGGAGUAUGACUCCCACGCAACAGCAGCUCCUCGGCUUCAAGUGCUACGACGACUCCUCGCACAACGCCGUCCGCCUGUGGACGCUUGACUAUGAGGACAUCCCGACGGCGUUGGGCUGGGAGGAGGCGACAGGGAAGGCAGUUGGGAAGGCGUGA